CCCUGCUCCGCGCAACCGCUGUCCCCCUCUCAAUCUCCGCCUCACUCUCUCUGCUGACUUUACACCGAGCGCCUCCAUCGGCGCGUACUUUCCCCGCGAGUCACCGGUUUCCCACCCAAAGGGCACCUCCUUGGAAACUGCCCGCCUACUCAUCGACCAUGUCUUCCGCCUGCACGGCAUCCCGCUGGACAUCGUCUCCGACCGGGGCCCCCAGUUUACAUCCCAGGUCUGGAGGGCCUUCUGCCGCGCCUUCGGCGCCACCCCCAGGCCAACGGGCAGACCGAGCGAGUCAACCAGGACCUGGGGGCGGCACUCAGGUCUGUGGUGUACAGAAGCCCUGCCUCUUGGAGCUCCCACAUCCCCUGGAUUGAAUACCCCCAUAAUUCCCAGGUGUCCGCUGCCACUGGUAUGUCCCCCUUCAUGUGCUCUCUGGGUUACCAACCCCCCCUGUUCCCGUCACUGGAGGUGGAGGUGGCGGCCCCAUCAGUACAGGCCACGGCCGCCCUGCAGCGCCGUUUGGACGACCGUCACCGUUCCCCAGCCCCCGCCUACCGGCCAGGACAACUGGUCUGGCUUUCCUCCAGAGACCUCCCUCUGCAAACUUCUUCGAAGAAACUCACCCCCCGGUUCAUCGGCACUUAUCCCGUCGAGGCCGUCAUCAACCCCUCCGCAGUACGCCUGACCCUCCCUCCUCACCUGAAGGUCCACUCGGUCUUCCACGUCUCACGGAUCAAACCCGUUGGUCACCCUGCUUACACUGUGCGCCGCCUCCUUGACGUGCAACAUAGGGGCCGGGGUUACCGGUACCUGGUGGACUGGGCCGGUUACGACCGCCGCACCUGCCAGCUAUCAGCCUCAUCACGACCAGUACUUCUACCCCGGCUCUCCACUCCAUUCUUGCUCGAUCGUUGCAGCUCCAGACUUGGUCCACUCACCUCUGCCUUCCCGUUCGGCCAGCUGGGCUUGCUCACCUGCCUCCUCCUGCCGGUCCUCCCCCUCGCUCCCCGCCGGACCGCCAGCCACCGCAUCCUCCCCUCCACGACCGGCAGCUCCCCUCGGUCCUCUUGCCUGAACGCUUCCCGCUCCUCCAGCUCCUCGGUCCCCCGCGUCCACGUCUGCCGUUCCCCUUUUUCCUCCAGUCCCUCCUCAUCCCCCUUUCCCUUCAAUAAACCUCAUUUGAAACCUGACACGUAGCAUUUGGGUCCGUUCUGUCCCCAAUCGUCACACAGAGUCUGAUAUAUGAUUUCCUGGAA